AAAGUGUUUUAUAACUAUUUCAUGAAAAACAUUUCUUUUAUUAUUUAAAGUUUAAAUAAUAAUUAAUAAUGUUAUCAUCAAUAGUAACUAUUGUGCUAUUGAUGUAUAGUGUCGGGGCCGAGGACUAUAUACACCAACCGGUUCACUAUCACUCGCAGACCGACUCCGGGACAUAUAACUAUGGCUACGAUACGGGUCUAUUUGGUGCCCACCAGUUUCACCAGGAAAACAAGGAUGUGAAUGGUGAUGUUAGAGGUCGAUAUGGUUAUACCGAUCCAAAUGGUAAAUUACGGCUCGUUUACUACAAGUCCGGUCCCAAAGGUUUUGAAAUAAUUAGCGAUACGGCCAGUGGUGAGAGUACUGCACAACAGAAACCAAAAUUGCCUAAACUACCCGAACCAUCUAUAAACUCUAUCGACCGUUAUAGCAGUGAACCGCGUACUUCAUAUAAACCCGCCUACUCUCGGGAUUUCUAUCGAAAGCCAAUAACACCGACACUAAAACCUGCCGGUUCUAUACGUAGGCCACGUUUGACACAAUAUUAUAGGGAACAGGGUAACGAAAACUCACGACUUUAUUUAGCUGGUCGUGACUACGGUGAGAGAACAUCGCUAUCAUCCCGGAGCCCUUCAGUGUCUGCUCGACACCAGAACCAUUAUCAUCAUAAUAAUCAUUACCGUAGCCAUCGUGUACACAGUGCACCUGCCGUACAGCCAGUGGUGGAAAGUAUAGUACAUCGCGCAACACCAUCGCCUACUGUGCUCAUCAAUACCCAUAAUUUACCCGACAAACCGAUAACACUAACCACUAAUGAUCGACACAUACAUACACCAACAGUGGUCGACAGUGUUCUGCAUAGAGCACCAGAUCACCACUUAGUUGAUAAUCAUAUACACGCGGCACCGGUAGCACCAGUGGUCGAAAGCAUAGUUCAUAGGGCUUCGGCAGUAGAAUCUCCAGAGCCUGUAGUUGAUAGUGUGGUUCACUCAAUACCAGCCGUAGCACCUGCAUAUAUUUAUGAUACACCUGUCGCACCGGUAUCAUCCCAUUACGAAGCGCCAACUCCAUUAUUACCUAUAGCUAGAAGAGCACCUGUAGUGUACUCAGGCAGAGGAAUAUUAAGUCCAGUGGCCAGACUUAAGGCGGCCUCAUUGGGUCGGCAGUCAGGUGACGGAGUUAGGGCUAGUAGCUAAAUAAAAUCAUACAUACAUGUGCACAAUUGAUACUUAACCU